UUAGCCUGGAGCAGUGCCAGGGCACAGGACAGCUGCUGCAGGCGGUGCUCCCCGCUGCCGUCCCAGUGCUCCCAGCACAGCCCCCGGCCCUGCACACACAGCCAUGGCAGAGGACAGGAGCCAGCUGGAGGAGCGGAUCAUCAUCAAGGACCAGCACACCAAGGAGAUCGACCUGGUCAACAGAGACCCCAAGCACAUCAACGAGGACGUGGUGAAGGUGGAUUUUGAGGAUGUGAUAGCUGAGCCCGUGGGAACGUACAGCUUUGACGGUGUCUGGAAAAGCAGCUACACCACCUUCACCGUCAGCAAGUACUGGUGCUACCGGCUGCUCUCUGCCGUCCUGGGCGUGCCCCUGGCCGUCGUCUGGGGCUUCCUCUUCGCCCUCAUCUCCUUCUGCCACAUCUGGGCAGUGGUGCCCUGCAUCAAGAGCUACCUGAUCGAGAUCCAGUGUGUCAGCCGGAUCUACUCCCUCUGCAUCCACACCUUCUGUGACCCCCUCUUUGAGGCGCUCUCCAAGAUCUGCAGCAACAUCCGAGUCGCUGUCCGGAAGGAGAUUUAGGUCCUGGCAGCUGCCCCAGCAGCCCUGGCACAACCCCUCUGUGCAGGCUGGGCACAGGGACACACAGACACAUGGACACCCUGCAGUGAGGGACCUGCACAGGGACACAGGGACACAGGGACACACAGACACACAGACACACAGACACACGGACACCCUGCCCAGUGAGGGACCUGCACAGGGACACCUGUGACAUGGGAACUGUGCAUCAUGGCAGGACCCCACAGCAGCAGUGGCUCUCGGGGAUGCUCUCUGUGCACGGAGGCAGGCCACGCCGCUCCUCACUCCAUCCCAAAGCCAGAAGUCUUAGGAGAAGAGAAGCCCAUCAAGGCUCAGGGAACAGCCCAGAGAGACCCCUCUGCCCUGCAGGACCCCCAGGAGUUCCUGCAGAGGGGCGGCAGCACCCCCUGGACCACAGCCCUGGGCACAGGCUGCAGGUGCCGGGUGAGCAGUGAGGCUGCAGAGCUGCUGCUGGCCACCGACCAAAUCCUGCCCACUGCUCCAUCCCUUCAGGCUGGGCUGGCACUGACACAAACUCCCUGACAGGAGUUAUUGUUUGUGACAAACGAUUGCUGUGGUGGGAGCUUCCGCGUUAAACCGCUGCACAAAACUUAGGGUAGAGCAGCUAAACCAAACUCUCUUUCAUGUGUACUUGCAUUUCAGCCAAGCUGUGAGAGCCAGACCAGGCCAUGCAUGACAUGUUGUGUCUGCUCUGAGAGCGUGAGCUGAUCCUGGGCCACUGCCAGCUGCAAACCCGCUUGUGGCACUCUGAUGCUCAAUUAAUUAUGUACUUAAUUGUGGGGCGGCGUUGAGUGGCGUGGGCAGGAUCCAGAGCAGGACAGCGCAGCUGGAGCCAGCCCUGAGCGUGGCCCCGAGCGCUGGGGAGGGCAGGGGGGACACUCAGCUUUUGGGAACCCCACUCAGAAACAAGCUGGGCUCUAAGCAAAGCUUAGGUUUGUUUCUCAGGGCCAGUCCUCACUGCAGGGGUGUGGGGUGGAUGCUGAGUUAGCGCCAGGCACAGCAGUGCGCGUUCCCCCGCGGCCAGGGCCGGCUCUCCGCUGUGUCCUGGGGCUGGGACUGAGCCAGGGGGCUGCGGGAGGGGCAGGACCACGCUGAGCCCUCGGGCUCUGCCCAGCAGGAGGGACUCACAUCCCACCAGUGCCCUCCCUCAGCAUCCCGGGCUCGCCCCAGUGGAGGAGGAAGGAGGCUCUGCCGGGCCCCUGCUGCUCCGGCUCCGGGGAGGGAGGAGCGAGGAGCAAAAGGUGCAGUUCAGAGCUGUUUCCUCCCCUGUGCUGUCAAUUAAUUUGUCGGUCCCUCUUCCGCGGAGCUGCACUUUCACUUUGAGGCCCUUGAACGCUCUUUUGGCUCCAGCCUUAAGUGCUUUGCUGAACCCGGGCCCAGGAGGUCUCGUUGUUCAGAGGCUGUUCUCAAUUGUCUCCAUGUGCGCCUUCCCUUGGCUUCCAACAAAGUCUUGGAGCCAAAGACUCCUCUGGUGCCACGCCAAGGGUGAGAGGGAGCCAGGUUUUCUACUGGACCUCUUCCAAGGGCUUGGGAUUGUAUAGUGCUGUUACUCCAUAGCAGUGUGGCACCCAAGCUCCAGCAACAUCAGGGCCCAAGAAGGAUGGAGUGAUUAAAAAAAAAAAGAUAUUUAGGUAAUUAUGGGAGGAGGGGAAGCCUCAAAAACCAUUUCAUUUUUUGUGAGAAUAAAAUAAUUAAAAUCAAUUGUAUAAUGGG